GGGGGAGAGUUUACCUGGGUUGAUGUACCUUCGUCGUUAGGGACAACGGGGCCGUUUCCAUGGAGACGCUUGGAGGAGAGGCGGGCUGGCCUAUUCUUGCUCUUCCCCUCUUGGUGGCAGCAUCCUGGGCGCCUUUAUGGAGUUUUAGAGACGAUAAUAAUAAUAAUUUUGUAAUAGAAAUGAUCGAUUUCCGCAACAUAUAGAGUUAUAAUAUGGUGGCUGGGACAGUCUCUGCCAUGGCUUCGGAACUUUGCAAAACUAUUUCUGAGGCAAAGCUUGAAAGGCAUAAAAACUUGUUCUUAAAUUACCGAAAUCUGCAUCACUUUCCACUGGAAUUGCUGAAAGAUGAAGGCCUGCAGUAUUUGGAGCGACUCUAUAUGAAGAGAAAUUCACUGACCACUUUGCCAGAAAACCUCGCCCAAAAGCUUCCAAAUCUUGUGGAACUGUAUCUCCAUUCAAACAACAUUGUUGUUGUGCCUGAAGCAAUAGGCUCUUUGGUUAAACUGCAGUUCCUGGACUUGAGUGACAACGCCCUCGAAUUUGUCUGCCCUGAGAUCGGCCGUCUGAGGUCCUUGCGCCAUCUUCGACUGGCUAAUAACCGACUAAAAUACUUGCCAGCAGAAAUUGGAGACCUCCGAGAACUGCAGACAUUGGACCUGUCGACCAAUCAUUUAAUCACUUUGCCUGAGAGGCUCCAUAUGUGCCUCUCUCUUCAGUACCUGGCGGCUGACCGGAACCAUCUGUGGUGCGUCCCUCGUCACCUCUGCCAACUACCCAGUCUCAACGAGCUCUCUAUGGCUGGGAACCGGUUGGCGUUUUUGCCACUGGAUUUAGGUCGCUCCCGAGAACUGCAGUACGUUUAUGUGGAUAACAAUAUUUACUUGAAAGGGCUUCCCUCUUACCUUUACAACAAAGUCAUUGGCUGCAGUGGCUGUGGUUCUCCCAUUCAGAAGUCCGAGGCGAAGCUGCUCUCCUUUUCUUCGGGGCAGCUGACUGUUUUUCUCCCAGCAGAGGUGAAGUUGAUCGGGACCCAUUUGGACCCUGUCUUGCCCUUGCAAGAGAUGGCUAUGCGGGUGCUGCAUAACACCUUCUGCGGGUUUUCCAAAGAUCUCCAGCUCCUGACUCCGAUCUUGCUACCCAGAAGUCUCUCAGAACUGUUGCGCUGCCCUCUGGGACACUGCCACCGUUGCAGCCAACCCAUGUUUACAAUUGUCUACCCAAAGCUCUUCCCUUUGAGAGAAACACCAAUGGCUGGAUUGCAUCAGGGGAGGACGAGCGUUAGUUUCGUGGCGUACUGCUGUUCCACCCAGUGUCUGCAGACUUUUGACCUGUUGAGCUGAUAAAAACUUAUAGCUGCUCAGGAGGAUAGCCAGCUUCCAAGCUUCUUUCAACUGUGUCUCCAGAUGGCGCCGGAAGAGGAGCUCCACGUCGCUGCGUUUGGCUGUUUUAUUUGCGUAUUAUUGCCAAAGCAGUGAAAGAGGAGUUGCCUGGUUACGCAGGAACUACUGAGAACCACUUGGAUCCGCAUACCUAAUAAAUUUGGAUGCAAGGCAAAAACUCUUUGGGAAGUUAACACCUUCCCCGUCCCUCUUUCAGGCAGAAUGUACACAAGCGAACAUGAGAUGAACCAAUGGCCUCUGGAAUUCUCUAGGACUCUAGCUGUAUUCACAUAAGAUUUAUGUUAAAACCAGGCUCACCUAUUUGAAUGCAAAAAAACCUGAUUGAAUGAUACUUUUUUUGUGGCUUUCCUUCUUAGCUAUGUAUUGCUACUCCCUGGAGAAAAGCCACUUAAGGUAACAGUUUGUUUUUGCCAAUGAGAAUAUUGCUUCCUUUCUUUUUUCCAUUUCCAUAUUUUCUCCCUCUCUCCACCCCCCACCAAACUGACCUUCUUGACUAUUGGUGAGAAGUGUCAAUCUUCUUUGGAAAAUCAGGAGUUCACGCUGAGCUGUGAAGCCAUGGGUCUGCCGCAAGGAGCCACAAAUGUCUUGCUUGUAGAUUAUUCUAAUUUUGCAUCCUGAGGUGGUUAAAAGGACUUAGAAAGUAACAAUAGGUUGGAGUCGAAGGCUGCACUCUUAAUUCUGCAAGCCGUGGACCGACUAAGAAUUUACGAGUCACGUGAAAACAAACAAUACUCGUAAGACAUAAAAUGACGCAGUCUACAAAGGCCUUCACUUCAAAAUUGCCGUCAGUUUCCAAGAAGCUUCAGUCAAACAUCCCAACCUCCGAGGAGGCCGCAAAAGGGAAGACAGAACAAAUUCUCUUUUUUUCCUGAGGUUCCGUUUUCUUUAAAAGGGCUGUGAGGCUUUUUCAAGAUGCUUGGAACUGAAAAGUACCUCGCAAAUAUUCUUCCUGCCUUCUGAGGAUUGUUUCUUGGAAACUUUUCAUUGCGCUUAAUAGCCCAAAAGCCGGAGGGAAGCCCUGGAGGAGGGUGUGAUUUGCCACUUUGAUUUUAAAAAUAAGUAAAGAGUGAAGCGUAGCCCUGCUUAGACAGUUUACUGAUAUUUAUUUUCACUAAUUCUCUAGUGCCAGUGUAGUUAAGGACCACAAAUUGCUUGUGGGUUUUGACACAUGAAGUUUUUGGGGUUUUAGUAGUUAACGUGUUUGGAAGAUCAGAAUCCUGAAAACUGCAUAUUUAAGGGAGUUGGGACAUCCCUAGUGGGGAUGCAAACACGUUCCAUGUUAGUGGCAACAGCAGACAUGUUAGUGUUGCCUGGAAGAGAGGCAUUUUUUGAGCAGGGUGAGUCGCCUUCAUCGGUCAUUUCCUUACGGGAAGACCAGAAACAUUUCUGGCAUUCAAACAAGACCCAGUUUCCAUACAGCGCAGACCAAAGCGAAACGGUAUCAUCCGGGACUCUGGCAGACAGUCAUGGUUUUAGUUCCCCACCCCCAUGAAAAAGCUUCCUUCUUUGAAAGCCAGGUGGAAGGAGAGGAUUUAGUUGUUAUCCUGUUGUACACAGGAAGAGGAUUUUUGUGUAGGGGAGACUUUUGAAAUAUCAGCUCUUGGCUGCAGGACGUAACAGUACUAUUCUGAUUUCUCACCCUCUGGCCAGAAGCUUCUUGCAGUUCGCAAGGUAUCUUCCCCACAUGUGUCCCAGCAAGCAGGGAAGCCAAUGCACUAACUCAACAAGGAAGGCUGAUCAACUAUUUUUUUCUCUCUCCCCUGCCCUCCCAGAGAGCCCUGCGCAAAUCAGAGAGGAAGCAGAAAUAGCUCCUCGAUUUCCCUCCUGUGCUCAGCCCUGCAGACUGAGUAUUGGAAGUUCCUCCUGAAGAGGAUGAAAUAAAAUUAAAGAGGUUGUGUCAGCUGUGAGGUCCCUGCAUGCAAAGAGCUAUUCCCUUUCUCUUGGAUUGACCUGUGACCCUCACGCCUUUCUGGGUGGGCGAGAAUCCAUGAGCAGCCAUGAGACAUUUUAGUCUUCCUGCCCAUUUGGAUGGUUAUGGGGGGGGGGGGGAGACUUCUAGGUUUCUAAACAACCCCCAGAUGCAGCCAUAAUGCACACCAGUUUGCUCUUCAAGCCUUGUGGGGCAGCCUCAGAUUGGAAACUUGACUUUAGAGCUCUGUCUUCCAAAAGGCACCUGUGCUGGAAUAAAACCAAACCGAAGCAUCCAAA